CACUUGCCCACGUUAAAAGCUGCUCAUAAUUUUUACUAAUUGCAUCAAAACGCCACUCUACUCGCUCCACAUUCAGUCGUUUUCGUUUACAAAGGGAGAGCACUCGAGCAGAGCGUCUCCGACGUACGUUGUCUGUGGACACAAAUGGCUGCUUCUCGCCAACUAUUCACCACUCUUGUUCUCGCAACUGUUUUGCUCUCCUUCACUACUCGCCCGGCAGCUUCUUCUCCUACCUCCGACAGCGUCACGGUGUCGCUCUACUACGAAACUCUCUGUCCCUAUUGUGCCAAUUUCAUAGUCAACUAUCUCCUCAAGAUCUUUCAGAACGGGCUCAUCUCCGUCGUCAAUCUCAGGAUGGUCCCCUGGGGCAACGCCUGGAUCCAAUCCAACGGCACCUUCGUUUGCCAGCAUGGAUCAGAUGAAUGCUUGCUGAACACCAUUGAAGCCUGCACCAUUACUGUCUAUCCUGAUGUGGUUCGACAUUUUAGAUUUAUCUACUGUGUUGAGCGUUUGGCGUUGAAUGACAAGCAUAGUGAAUGGAUCAAUUGCUUUGAGAAGACAGGAUUGGGUACCGUCCCCAUCAAUUGCUACAAUAGUGGCUACGGCAACAAGAUUGAACAAAAAUAUGCUAGGGAAACUGCUCAGCUUAAUCCACGCCAUAGAUUUGUACCAUGGGUUGUUGUGAAUAAUCAAGCCCUCCAAGAGGACUAUGGAAAUUUUAUGACCUAUAUUUGCAAGGCUUACAAAGGCAAGUCUAAACCUGAGGCCUGCAAAUCACUAUCACCCAAGAGUGAGUCGACUGAGAAAGCAAAUUUUGUCCAUCCAGUCUGCUAUGCAGAUGAAGCACAAAAUUUGACAUCAUUAACAGCAGCAGAGAAGAUCCCAUGAAGAUGGAGCUUUCAGUAGGGCUUUUCAAAUGAAUCCUAUUUAUAGGUCCGUUUGGUUGGUUUUCGGCCCUGAUAAUCAUGCCCAGCCCACAUGAUUUGUACCCACUAAAUUAAUACCAAAUAAUUGAUGCAACAAAAAUAUCGAACUUGAGGGUAUUUACUCGCCCACGUGCAAUAAUUGAUUCAAUAAGUACUUAAUUACGGCUGCCAUUAA